CUCACGGACGCGGAGAUGGAAAUCCCGAGGUUGCUCCCGGCUCGCGGGACGAGACAGGGCGGCGGCGCUGGCAGCCCCGCGGGCGGCGGCCGGGUCCACGGAGGCCCUGACCCGCGGGCUGGCCAGGCCCCCGCGCGCCGCCUCCUGCUGCUCCGGGGGCCCCAAGAUGGCGGGCCCGGGCGGCGGCGCGAGGAGGCCCGCGCGGCCUCACGGGGCCCGGGCCCGAGCCCUUUGGCGCCCAGGCCCGAUCCGGCCGGCGGCGGCGGCGAUGACUUCUUCCUGGUGCUGCUGGACCCGGUGGGUGGCGACGUGGAGAGCGCGGGCGCUGGCCAGGCCGCGGGGCCCGUGUGGGGGGAGGAGGCCGAACGCGGCCCAGGGCUCCCGGGGGGCGAGCGCGGCGCGAACCCCGCGGGCCGCCCCGCGCCGGGCCCCCGCUGCCUGUCGGCGCUCCCCGGCCCGGCGCCGGCCCGGGCCCCGGCACAGGCCCCGGCCCCGGCCCGGGCCCCGAUCCCCGCCCCAGGCCUGGGCCCCGCCGCGGCCUUCGCGGGCACCGUGACCAUCCACAACCAAAACCUGCUGUUGCGCUUCGAGAACGGCGUCCUGACCCUGGCCACGCCCCCGCCGCCAGCCUGGGAGCCCGGGGUCGCUCCUGCCCAGCAGCCCGGGCCCCUGAGCGCCCCGCCGGCGCCAGCGGGCGCCCCGCACGCCGCGCAGCCCGGCGAGUGCCCGGAGCUGCCGCCCGACCUGCUGCUGGCCGAGCCGGCCGAACCCGCGCCCGCCCCGGCGCCCGAGGAGGAGGCGGAGGGCCCGGCCGCCGCGGCCAGCCCCCGCGGGCCGCUGGGCCCGGGCUCGGGCAUGCUGCUGUACCUGUGUCCCGAGGCGCAGUGCGGGCAAACGUUCGCCAAGAAGCACCAGCUGAAGGUGCACCUGCUGACGCACAGCAGCAGCCAGGGCCAGCGGCCCUUCAAGUGCCCCCUGGGCGGCUGCGGCUGGACGUUCACCACCUCGUACAAGCUCAAGCGACACCUGCAGUCGCACGACAAGCUGCGGCCCUUCGGCUGCCCGGCCGAGGGCUGCGGCAAGAGCUUCACCACCGUGUACAACCUCAAGGCGCACAUGAAGGGCCACGAGCAGGAGAACUCGUUCAAAUGCGAGGUGUGCGAGGAGAGCUUCCCCACGCAGGCCAAGCUCAGCGCGCACCAGCGCAGCCACUUCGAGCCCGAGAGGCCCUACCAGUGCGCGUUUUCCGGCUGCAAGAAGACGUUCAUCACGGUGAGCGCCCUGUUCUCCCACAACCGCGCCCACUUCAGGGAGCAGGAACUCUUCUCCUGCUCCUUUCCCGGCUGCAGCAAACAGUACGACAAGGCCUGUCGGCUGAAAAUCCACCUGCGGAGCCACACGGGCGAGAGACCUUUCCUUUGUGACUUUGACGGCUGCGGCUGGAACUUCACCAGCAUGUCCAAGCUCUUAAGGCACAAAAGGAAGCACGACGACGACCGCAGGUUCACGUGCCCGGUGGAGGGCUGUGGCAAAUCGUUCACGAGGGCCGAGCACCUGAAAGGCCACAGCAUCACCCACCUGGGCACAAAGCCUUUUGUGUGCCCCGUGGAAGGCUGCUGCGCCAGGUUCUCGGCGCGCAGCAGUCUGUACAUUCACUCCAAGAAGCACGUGCAGGAUGUGGACACCUGGAAGAGCCGCUGCCCUGUCUCCACUUGUAACAAACUCUUCACGUCCAAGCACAGCAUGAAGACCCACAUGGCCAAGAGGCACAACCUGGGCCAGGACCUCUUAGCCCAGCUGGAAGCGGCCAACUCUCUCACGCCCAGCAGUGAGCUCGCCAGCCAGGGACAGAGUGACCUCAGUGAUGCGGAGCUGGUGUCUCUCUUCUCGGACGUGCCGGGCGGCAGUUCCGCGGCAGUGCUGGACACGGCGUUGGUGAACUCUGGCAUCUUGACCAUUGAUGUGGCCUCUGUGAGCUCAACUCUGGCAGGUCACAACAGCAGUUCCCUGGGGCAGGCUGUGGACCCUCGGGCCUUGCUGGCCACCACUGACCUUCCUCAGAGUCUGGAUACCUCUCUCUUUUUUGGAACGACCGCCGCCGCUUUUCAGCAGAACCCCUUAGACAUGGAUGAUGUCUCGAGUCCAAGUGCGGGGCCGCUGGGGCCUCUGGGCUCCUUGCUUUUGAAAAACUCCGCCCAGGAGCCCCAAGCUCUGACCCCCAGCAGCAAGCUGACAGUGGACACGGAUGCCCUCACUCCGUCCAGCACCCUUUGUGAAAACAGUGUCUCGGAACUACUGACGCCAACCAAAGCAGAGUGGAACGUGCAUCCUGACUCUGACUUCUUUGGGCAGGAAGAAGAAACCCAGUUUGGAUUCUCCAAUCCAGCAGGAAGCCAUGGCUGUCAGAAAGAAACGGAUCUUAUCACAGUGACUGGCAGCUCGUUUUUGGUAUGAACGAACUCUACUCAUUCCUCGCCACGUGGCUUACUUUUCUUACUUACACCCAGUUUUGAGGAUGUUGUGGACUAAAUGUUUAAAGGCAUUCGUUUGUUUUAAAUAGUUAUGACAAAGGACAGAGCCCUGGGUUACAAGUUGGGAGAUGUAAAUUCUGAUCUUGAGUCUGGAACUGACCAGUUGUGCCACCCUGAGCAAGUCACUUAACCUAUCUGAGCCUUAAUUUACUUAUUUAUAAAAUGAGGUGGUUUGAAUAGAUUG